CUGGAGGGCCCUCCGCUGGGCUACGCGCAGUCGCCAUGAUACCCCCCGCGGACUCUCUGCUCAAGUAUGACACUCCGGUGCUGGUGAGCCGGAACACGGAGAAACGGAGCCCUAAGGCUCGACCAUUGAAAGUCAGUCCCCAGCAACCUGGACCCUCAGGUCUAGUCCCACAGCCACCCAAGACCAAGCUCUCCUCAACUUCCUGUGUCCCAGAUCCUACAAAGCAGGCAGAAGAAGUCUUGAAUGCCAUCCUGCCCCCAAGGGAGUGGGUGGAAGACACACAGCUAUGGAUCCAGCAGGUGUCCAGCACCCCCAGCACCAGGAUGGAUGUGGUGCACCUCCAGGAACAGCUGGACCUCAAGCUGCAGCAGCGGCAGGCCAGGGAGACUGGCAUCUGCCCUGUCCGCAGGGAGCUCUACUCACAGUGUUUUGAUGAGCUGAUUCGUGAGGUCACCAUCAACUGUGCGGAGAGGGGGCUGCUGCUGCUGCGAGUCCGAGACGAGAUCCGCAUGACCAUCGCUGCCUACCAGACCUUGUAUGAGAGCAGCGUGGCGUUUGGCAUGAGAAAGGCGCUGCAGGCUGAGCAGGGGAAGUCAGACAUGGAGAGGAAAAUUGCAGAAUUAGAAACGGAAAAGAGAGACUUGGAGAGGCAAGUGAACGAGCAGAAGGCAAAGUGUGAGGCCACGGAGAAGAGGGAGAGUGAGAGGAGACAGGUGGAGGAGAAGAAGCACAAUGAGGAGAUUCAGUUCCUCAAGCGGACGAACCAGCAGCUGAAGGCCCAACUGGAAGGCAUUAUUGCACCAAAGAAGUGAUAAUUUCCAUAUGGGUCGCACAAGCACUACUCCCCCAUCACAUUUACGUGACAGUUUCACCCUGGAGGAACCGAGAGGGCUGACUCGUGUCGGAAGUGCCAAUGGACUCCAUCGCUGAAAUCCAUGCGGCAGGGGACGUUCUAUUUUCACUGGCACUGGUAAAUGGUGUCGCCUGUCAAACCUCAGAACGAAUGCACUGUGGCUUUAAAAAUGCCAACCGGGCAUGAAGAAAAUAAACAGUU